AUGGAUACAGAUCGCAUCAGUCGUCUUCUGGAAGAUGUAUCAACACCGGAAACCAGUGAUAUUGAAGACCCGUACCACGAUCACGAGGGAGAGCAUGGUUCUGACGAAGAUUAUUGUCCAUCUGCUCAGUCAGAAUCUUCCGAGAAUGAAAUCGGGUUCAAUGGAAUCUCAGCACGCCAUCUUUCUUAUUCUUUGGCUAGCAACGACAGUAAUGCACCGUUAAGUCCAUCUCUGCUAACUCAAGAAGAUAUAACUGCAGUUAAUACAGCACUUCAGUAUCCGGAGGUGGAACAGCCUGUUGCACAAACAGCUAGUGAUAAUUUGCUGCCUAACGACAUGGAUAUUUUUCUUCAGUCUUAG